AAAGAAAUUAAGAGAGAUUUAUUUCUGAAGCACUAGAAUACAUUACAAAAUACCUUAUGCACUUCUUUCUUCAGCUCGCCCACUUGCCACGUCAGCACUCAGUUAGGGCUCAAUCAAACUAGACACCGUUAUCACCAGUGUCACUUUAGCCCAUUAUAACGUGCAAAACCCCGUUUUCGUGCAUCGGGCGCCACGUGUUGAGCUGUGGCCGGCCAGAUUACUAUACUAGGAGAGUGAUGUGGAUAAAAUAUGUGUGAAGAUUGAUUCACCGGGAUAUGGCGACUGAGGGCUUGGUCGCCGCAGGGGCUAGUGCAGCAUUGGGAGCUCUUCGAGGAGAUCUUCGAGGAACAGCCGACCUUCUGAUCAAGCUUGCUUGUGCUGCUCGCAACAGCAUAGGCAGAUGCCAGGCGAUGGCAGACAAGGUGAACAUGGUUACCACCGCCCUCGAGAGCAGAUCAUACAGCAAGACGAGUGCGGUGAGCUUCUUCUUCUCGUGCCACGCUCUCACUGUUGACGAAUUUGACGACCUCGACGCGCGCCUCAAUCGCUGCAUCAGCUGCUUGAAUCUGAACUUCCACAUCUCCUCGUAUGAUUGCAGUCAUGAGCACAAAGACGAGAUCAUAGCCCAUAUACAGGCCAACACAGCACGAACAGCACGAACUAUUGAGGAGAUAAAGCAGCUGGUCAAGGGCCAGGAGCCCGUAGAAUAUUUGACAGCCGUGCAGGGCGUUGUGACCGUGGGUGAAGCCUUGGCCGGGGACUACAUGAUAUCUGCGACGCUCACCGACAACAGCUCCUCAGUGUCACGGAAAGUCAUCCUAGUGCAGUCACACGAGACAAAGAAGGAAGUUGCGAUCCUGGAGAAACUAAGCCUUCACGAGUGCAUACUUGAGUUUCUUGGCAUCUUUCCAUAUGGUGAGUCCAAGCCUUAUCUUGUCUUUGAGAGGCCCUCCGAGGAAAUGACAACAUUGGACGAACUGAUCAAUAAGAACCCGGGGAGUUUUAUGAGUGACUGGAGAGUAAAGAGACAGAUCGCUCUGGAGCUGGCAAGAGGUAUGAGAGACUCUCAUCUGGCCGGUGUGGUCCACAAGAAUUUCCGCAGCUCCAACAUAUUUCUUAGCGGUGACCUUCAGCACGCUAAGAUCUUUGGCUUCUACCAGGGAAGGAUCAAGCUGGAGCCAAGUGCCAAGAAGUGGAUGAACGACGAGCAAGUCCGCUGGGCUGCACCUGAGCAAGUUCAGAGACACCGACCUGCCUUUGAUGAAAAGUGUGACAUCUACUCACUGGGAGUGGUGAUUUGGGAGCUCAUCACUGGGAACUUUCCUUUCGCCAAAUACACUAACUACCGAAAACUUACCAGAGAUCGGGACGAAAAUGUUGCCCUCUUGGAUGACUUCCCUGUGGAAUGCAAAGCAGGUGAACUGGGCAAGUUCAGCAGAAUCUCUGAGCUCUGUAGAGAUCCUCUGCCUGAUAACAGACCAUCUCUCGAGAACAUUAUCAAUGAUCUCCACAAGCUCCUUCCCGAAGAGAUGAUUUGAAAUUUGAAGUGCUUCAUAUUUCGGUGCAGUGUGUGAAGAAAAUUAUAAUAAAAGAGCUUAGAUCUUAGAUCA